GAAUGAAAGCGCGUGUAUAGACGUGUCGGAUAAACUGCAGAGGGGCGGGGUUUACAGGGUGGUCGCUGUUGACUGGAUCGCUGCAGACCCCGCUCCCCGGCGGUUUUACUGACACUUAGAACCAAGCGCACCGGUGAGUUUAAACGCUUCCCCCACGUCGAGAGCCAAUCAGAGCCUCUCUUGUGCUCCGGGGCUCCGGAGUCGACCAAUGGGUGUCGCCCUCUUCUUUGUUGUUGCUGCUGACGAGGUGAUAUUGUUGUUGCUGCGGCGGAGCCGGACGGACACGGACACGGAGACAUUUUAUUUCUUCUUCUGCUCCUCGGUUCUGUUCGUGUCGGAGCGGGACGCGACAUGUCGGUGAACAUGGACGAGCUCAGGCACCAGGUGAUGAUCAACCAGUUCGUGUUGACGGCCGGAUGCGCCGCGGACCAGGCGAAGCAGCUGCUCCAGGCGGCCCACUGGCAGUUCGAGACGGCCCUGAGCUCCUUCUUCCAGGAGGCGAACAUUCCCAGUCACCACCAGAUGAUGUGUACUCCCAGGAACACUCCCGCCACGCCGCCCAACUUCCCCGACGCCAUCACCAUGUUCUCCAAACUGCGGGCGUCCGAGUGCGGCGCCGGCCCGUCCCAGGCGUCCAUGGCCUGCUCCCCCCCGGUCCCUUCUGCCCCAUCGGGGUUUGGCUCCUUCUGGGCGUCCUCGCCGCCCGGCCACCAGGGGGCGUGGCUGCCCCCCUCGUCGCCCACCGGCCACAACGUGCACCACCACCACUACCACAUGCAACAGACGCCCAUGUGGCCGCCCGUCUCUCAGCCCAGCGGCGCCAAGCAGCCGCCCGUCGUGUCGGCGCUGCGCAGUCAGAGAUGAGCGCGAGCCGGGGGCGGCGAGGGAGGCGACCUGGGGCGGUCGCAGUGGGAGGGUGGGGGGGAGGGAAAAGACUCUGCUGUUUUCUACUGGUUCUUCUGAAGGAGAAGCUUUUCUUCGUCAUCGCCGAAGACGAACAGAGGCGACGGACAUUCGCUCCAAAAAACACUUUGUGGGGAAAAACACAGAAAAUAUUUCCUCAUGGUCGACGCAGCAGCCGGACCCAGGACACAUCCCAGGACACGUCAGGGACCAGGACACGUCCCAGGCCACGUCAGGGACCAGGACACGUCCCAGGACACGUCAGGGACCAGGACACGUCAGGGACCAGGACACGUCCCAGGACACGUCAGGGACCAGGACACGUCAGGGACCAGGACACGUCCCAGGACAUGUCAGGGACCAGGACACGUCAGGGACCAGGACACGUCCCAGGACACGUCAGGGACCAGGACACGUCAGGGACCAGGACACGUCAGGGACCAGGACACACAGACAAAUAGAGACCGAGGUCGAAUCCGUCUCCUCGGUCCAGAUCCACAAAACAACUUCGACCUUUUGUUUUUGUUUCUCUGCCACGACAUAACUCUUCACUGUAGACGAGUUCCGUGACCUUCAUGUGACCUUCACGUCACGAUCAGGACGAAGAGGAAGGAGCUUCACACCGACAAUCAACCAUCUCUCAUUUUUAUUAAAGCUCCGCCUCUAAAGAAAAACCACCUGCGACGUUGGUUUGGUUUUGUUGAAUAAAUGCAGACUCCUGGACCUCGGAGACACCGUCGCCUCCGCGUGAUGAUUUCUUUCAGACUAUUUCAACUUCCCAUUCUGGAAUCAUUAUCAUUAUCAUCAUUUAGUUGUUUCUCUUUUCACUUGGACGUGUCUGUUCCCGUGGAUCCUCAGACGUUCACUCUGUUGUGAAUCCACAACUCUUUUUAUAGAGAUUCUCUGUUUCAUUUCUUCUGCUGAAAUUUGUAUUUAUAUGUUUAAUAAAACACGGUUUGAUCUGCUA